AUGCCUUCACGUACCGACUCGCCGCUUCAGGUGGCCAUUAUUGGCGCUGGUCUCGGCGGCCUAGCAGCUGCUGUCUCUCUGCGUCGCCAGGGCCAUGCAGUGACUGUCUACGAGCGAUACGAUUUCGCAGGCGAAGUAGGCGCGUCAUUGAGUGCUGCCUCCAACGGGUCGCGCUUCCUUGAGGAAUGGGGUGUGGAUGUGAAAGCGGCCAAGCCGGUCAUUCUCAAGCAGCUAAUCAUGCACAACUGGUCCGAUGGUGAAGUGCAGAGCACAUACCCACUGGGGGACUACAAGUCCAAAUUCGGCACAGAGUACAACAAUUUCCAUCGUAUUGAUAUUCACAAGCAACUUCUCAAAUCGGCAUUUGAAGAACCCGGCGAUGGACCCGCCUGUGCCUUGAAGGUGAACCACAAGGCCACCGAAGUCAACUAUGAACAAGGCACCAUCCGAUUCGAGAAUGGAUCAGAGACCACUGCGGAUUUGAUAGUCGCGGCCGAUGGAAUCCGAUCCCUCACAAGAAAUCUGAUCGGGGUCGUCCCUCAGUUCGAAAUGUCCACCUCGUGCUGCUACCGAUGCAUCAUCGGGGCUGAUAAGCUUCGCUCUCUCGGUCUAGAAGACUACAUCGACAACGAGGCCAUCGAGUACUGGGGUGGAUUUGGAAUUAACAAGAUCGUCAUGUCGCCAUGCAGUAACGGUGAAGUCGUAAGCUGUUACUGUUUCUACCCUGCAUCAGUCAACAACCUCCGUGAGGAUGGGUGGAAUAUUGGCGCUACACCGCAACAAUUGGUGGAUACCUUCCCAGACUUGGAUCCCCAGAUGAAGACAUUGAUGCUGAAUGCUGAGGAUAUUAAGAUGUGGCGCCUAUAUCGACACCAGCCUUACCCAUACUGGGUAAAGGGCAAGGUUUGCCUCCUUGGAGAUGCCGCCCACCCCAUGAUGCCCGACCAGUCACAAGGAUCCUGCAUGGCCUUUGAAGACGCCGGUGCUCUAGGUAUAGUGUUCAACAAGAACUUCCGGGAGUACUACAGCGUGUCCGAAGGACUGGCACUAUAUGAGAAGCUACGUAAGCCACGCGCUACAAAGGUCCAGGAAGCAAGUUUCCGGGCCCGUGAGGAUUUGAAUGAGCGAAUUGGAUGGAGCUCAUCGUCAGACCGACCGGGGAAGUUGACCAUCGAGGAGGUUUGUGGGUAUAAUAUGCGGGAUCACCUUGCAGAGUUAAUGGCCGGAAACUGA